CAGUUCCUACAUCCCGGCGUAUUUGACUCUUUCGUGAGUAUCUGAAGCAAUGUUUCGUUGAUCAAAAACAUUUAAUAAGUGCCGACAGUCGGUGUGAAUGCAUCUUAUACUUAAUUGCUAAUAUCGCGAGUGCAGUCACAUAACGAGAAACACGUUUAGGUCGGGUCGUGUGUUUUGACUAGUAUAAAACAAAUGCCUCUCUCUCGCGAUCUUGUUUAUACAUCGUCUUGCUUUUAUUUUGACUUGUCGGCACCUCGAAAUGUUCUCAUUCGUAUGUAGUACGUGAACGCUGAGUAAGUGCGCGUUCAAGCUGAGUGAAUCUCAUCAAGUGUUGCGUGGCUGCAGAAAAGACGGCAUCGAGGUGGGUGGUUCUACAAAAAAAUUUUCACGUCGACACGUGAAGUCAAUGAUGGUCAUCGCCAUUAGCAGAUAAACUCACUGCGAAUCCUUGGGAUGGCCGUCUCGUGAUCUGAGACGGCGAACGUUGUGUUGUUGGCCAGAUAUAUAUCGAGGAGAGGCGCAGCAGAUGUUGGGCGUUACUCGAAAGCGGCGACAGUGUUUCCUGAGCUAAACGCGAUGGCGGACAGAGGUGAGAAGCUGCGGUCCUCGACGGAGUCGCGACGCUCCUUGGAGAACGCGAGGAAAGAUUUGAUCGGGAUCCUCGGUGAACUGGAAAAAAUCGGUCUGCCAACACGAGCCAACUUACAUCUCCGGGCUUACACUCGCCUCCGGAAGGCAAAGUUUUGUUUUAAAAAAAAGCACGCUUUCUUCGCGGCUGUUUUAACAAUGCUGUUCAUUCGAUACGCUAAGGAUGAUUUGAUGCCUACGCGACGUGAGAAGUGCAUCAUCGAUAUGCCGUCCUCGGUUCACCAAGUAUUCAGACCGCCGCAGGAUUGCUCGAUGUGUUUGGGGAUUCAACAGGUUGAUAAAGUGACUAAAAUCGAUCCGGCGCUCUUCGAACUUCGAUACGCUUAUUCCGGCCAACCGGUUGUCGUCACUGAUGCAACGACUAACUGGACAGCGCCCAAGGUGUUUUCGUUCGCCUUCUUCAAGUCGCUGUACGAAGGACAGGAAGCAGACUGUCAGUUUUUUCCGUACAAAACCGAGUUCAAAAGUCUUCGAGAAGUGUUCAACAUGAGCACCAGUCGGGCCCUUCAAUUGGCUGGAACAAAGCCGUGGUACAUCGGAUGGAGUAACUGCGACGGGGAGAUCGGAGCGACGUUGAGGGAACAUUACGAUAUUCCUUACUUUUUACCGGAAACUGCAGAGACUGAAAAAACUGAUUGGAUCUUUAUGGGGAGUUCCGGAUAUGGGGCUCACAUGCAUGUCGACGACGUCAAACAUCCUUCUUGGCAGGCUCAACUCAAAGGUGAAAAACUCUGGAUACUCGAACCACCGAGGGAGUGUCACUACACCUGUAACCGAAUGACGGUCACCGUUGAACCCGGGGAAAUAAUUGUUCUGGACACCAAUCGAUGGUACCAUCAGACCAGGAUCGUGUCCGAAGAAGUGAGCAUCACGAUUGGCGCCGAGUACGAUUGAACGUCCUGUUAUAUUCGAUUAUCAAUAAUACAAUAUUGAUGUAUCUUCAAAUUUACUGAGUUCUACUACUACCGCAUAUAUAAUUAAACUGCAAUGUGUGUACAAUGCUCUCCUUACGCUAUCAGACACUCGUAUGCAUGUGCAUAUAUGCGCGCGCGCGCUCGUGCGUUUGUAUGUGUGUGUGUGUAUGUAUAUGUACUCAGCUACGAUGCUAAACGCAUGAUCUCUGAUACAUGAUACUCAAGUAUGUGAUAAACGCGCUACCGGUGACAAGCCUUGCUCCUCUAAUUACCAGCUGUAUCCUUAUAUUUAUCACGUGUGUCAAACAAUGUGUUAUAUCCUCGCGAAUUUAUUUGCAAACUUA